AUGCCGGAACCACGACGUCUUGUUAUGUCUGAGUCACCAGAAUCUCAAACAUCUUACCCACACAGUUCAUCUCGACGCGGCAGCAUAGGAGGACAUAGUUCGGUGCGAGGAUCAAGCAUAGGUCCCACCACCAUGCGCAGCUCGGCCGAUUCAGUCAUUUCGCAAGACUCCUUCACGCCGUCAAUAGCAACAGGGACUCUCGUUCCUUUGCAGCAGAAAGGCGUUCUCGAAGAGGGCGACCGCCUAUCACCUCUACUUGAAGAUGACCCCAAAUCAUGGGAUCUUGUCGAACCUGAACAAGACAACCUGAAGGUAUUCUCGCUCGAGGCGCGGUCCGAGCAGCUGUUUUCCAGAGAGCAUCUUGCUGCCAUCUUCAAAGACACGCCAUCUCUACUCCGCUUUACCUCCUUCCUCAGCAUAGCACGGCCAGGGUCUGUGCCCAUUCUCAUCUACUACCUCGAUGCCUUGAAAGCACUGCGUGCAAUCAACUACGCCAAUGCCAUUGCAGAAGCACUAGAGCCCAUCCCUGGCCUGGAGUUUACAGACAGCCAAGCACGGCCUACCGUCAACGGAGUCCUGGAAGAAAAGGCAAGGCUGGCAUUCGAUAUACUGGUCCGGGACGACCUUCCGGCAUUCAUCACCCACAUCUUCACACAAGUUGUGAGUGUCAGUAUAUCGAAACGCGUCACUGGAAAUCUGCCCCCCUUGUUGCGUGAGGCUAGCGAAGGACUGGCGGAGGUGUUCUGUUUGACAGAUCCCUCAAGGAAAGACAACCCCAUCAUCUUUGCGUCCGAAGAAUUUCACCGGACGACACAGUACGGUGUCAGCUAUGCCAUCGGGCGGAAUUGUCGAUUCCUCCAGGGACCGAAGACGAACCGCAAUAGCGUCGCGCGCUUCAAGGAGAUGUGCAUGCAGGGCAAAGAGCACAGUGAAGUGUUCUUGAACUACCGGCGUGAUGGCUCACCUUUCAUGAACCUGCUCAUGCAAGCGCCUCUCCUUGAUUCUCGGGGUAAUCUUCGCUACUUCAUCGGCGCUCAAAUCGACGUCUCUGGUCUUGUCAAGGACGCCACGGACCUGGAUGCCUUCCGGCGCAUGCUUGACCAGGAAGAUGGCGUUGUACCCCCGGAAGAGGCCAAAGACGAGUUCCAGGAACUUAGUGAGAUGUUGAAUAAUGGCGAGCUAGACACUGUGCGUAAAUUUGGUGGUAACAUGCACCGAGACCACCUCGGCGACCAAGACGACAAAGCGAGCGGUGUCCAACGACCUAGACUGCUCAUUCAAGAUCAGUCAACGUUUGACGUGGAGACGGCGGAGAAGCCACUACUGAAACCCGAGGGUAGAUUGGUUGGACCGUACAAGCACUACCUCCUCGUCCGCCCUGCGCCCUCCCUCCGCAUCCUCUUUACAUCUCCCUCCCUCCGCGUUCCGGGCAUACUGCAAUCGCACUUCCUCGACCGCAUCGGCGGGAGCAACCGUGUGCGCGAAUCUGUUCGUGACGCGCUCGGCGAUGGAUCGCGCGGCGUAACAGCCAAGAUUCGAUGGCUGUCGCACGCGGUCCCAAAUCUGGAGACGUCGCACGAUGAAGGGCGGCCGCGCUGGAUCCACUGCACACCACUUCUAGGACAGAGUGGUAGUGUAGGGAUCUGGAUGAUCGUCGUUGUUGACGAGGAUAAGCACGCACAGCCGAACCGCAAGUUCAGACAGGCGCCUCCUGUCGCAAGCGAUAUACGAAAACCGUAUCAAGGUGGACAAGCGCAUCGGGAUCUGAACAGCCGGAUGAACGACGUCGAUCUGACAAGCGACGAGCGAGACACAUAUGGAAAUACGAAUCGUGUCGCCAGUCCCACGUACGACAAAAAUGGCGCAGGGGGGCAUAAAAGCAUGCUUCUCGACGCCAUGCGGUCUUCGUCGAGUCCGCGACGGUCGAUGAAUGAUCAAAGAGGUAUGCACUCGAGCACGAGUAGCCUGGAAGACUACAAGUACCGCAAUGGAAACAGCGUGGACUCGUUUCAGAUAUGA